UGUGGAAAUACCGCAAUUUGAUAGGAUGGUUGUACUUCCUGAAGUGAAUCCUUCUCGAAGCCCGCGGAUAACAAACUUUGCAAUGUUACAACAACAAUGAAACAUUACUUAAAAUUAGGCAUCAAGGACUAUUCAAAUUUGACUUUUAGGUGACGGGAGUACUCCUCAAAGUAAGCGAUUUUGAGGAACAGCUAGCCAAACAAAACAAAGGGCUAGCCUUGUGUUUUGUUAGCAUCGAAACUAGCAAAUGUCUAGAAACUAGGGCAUUGUUGAUAUCUAGUUAUCAAACUUUGCUCACCUCUAAUACGCAAAAGCCUGAAGUCAUGUCGCUUUCAAACGAGUCUCGCUUUUGGUCAAACCAAGGCGCUAAACGAAACAACAGAGGAGCAACGAUUUGUGCUAUAACUGAGCUUUCCCCUCAUUUAUUUGACGACUUUGAACUGAAUAAGUCAUAUCCGUGUGCUCAGACAACACAGCUUAAGAGGAACCUUUUGGCCUUGGGAGAUCAAGGUGCUAUUGGAUCCUUAAAAGGGGGACUUGAUAAAGUUUGUAAAGCAGCAAGAAACAACAACUUAUCUAAGCUGCACUGGUCCCCAGACUUCUUGCCACAUCCGCAUACUGCUUCACAAACUGAUGAAAAUCUCUUUUGGCAACUCAUUGAUGGGCAUUGUGUCCUUUCACAGUCUCCAGCAGUCCUGAACCCAAACAAAGUUAUUCUGAUUGUAGACCAUAAAACCCGAGAGCUUGUUUCAGUCAAUGACCAGGCAUGUAAACUUUAUGACUGCUCCUCUGAAGAACUGAUUGGGAAGAAGCUUUCACAGGUGUUAACAAAAUCAAAUCAGGUUAUUGUGGAUGUUUUGGAGGAGGACUUUCUUCUCGAAGAUGGAACCGUUGCAUCUGUGCUUGGAAAAGUGGUGGAUGCGAUGAUGCCAUCUGGAGAAGUCCUGGUUUCUGUUUGUACCUACAGACAACCAAAAGGAAACUGGGUUCUUGUCAUGGAAAAUAUUGAAAGAUUAUCAGCCUUUUUGUCAUUUUCUCAACAGGGUGACAUACUGAGUUGUGACAUGGCGUUUGCUCAUCUAUUUGGGUAUCAUCAUGCACACGAGUUAACAGGGAUGUCCAUAAAUACUCUAAUACCUUCUCUACAAAUCCAUCUUCAAAGUCAUGCAGUGCCAAAGUCCCUGAGGGUGCAAAGAGUACAUGGCAAAAGCAGACUGGGUGCAUCAGUCCCACUGUGUAUUAAACUUCAGGGGGCAUUAUUAUGUGGAACACCACAACACAAGACUAGCUCAAGUUACAACAACUUUAUAGAUUGUAUUGAAGAAAAACAGAAAUGUGAACAGGCUGAGAACUUGUCCAAAAAAAACGCUUCAUCCUCAGAAGUGAAAACCGAAAACAGGCAUAACCUCUCAGCUUGUCCAUCUCUGGAGUACUCUGGUAAUGUUUGGGCAUUUACUCCUCUCACUGGUCUUCUCCUGCUUGACACCAAUGGCUCAAUCUAUAGUGUCCACAACCACCUGUCUCUCAGCCUUUUUGGUUACAGCAAGGAGGAGCUUUUGGGCAAGAGUGUUACCUUUCUUAUGCCUGGUUUCUAUGGAUGGAUGUCUGAGACUGAAGGACAGGACAGCCACCUCCCGGAUUCUCAAGUUGAAGGGGAUAAUCCUACACAAUCAAAAAUCUCUAAAGCAGACCCCUCCUCGCUGGUGGCUGGAGACAUGGCUAUGGUAAAUCAGGCUGUUGAAGAGCGGACCUCCACUGGACGAGGCAGGAUCUUCACUGGGACAAGCUCCAGGUUGGAGCACCAAGCGAGUGCUCUGUCUAACUUUACUUCUCCUGCGGUCACAUCCACACGCAUGCAAAUGCCUGAUAACACAGUGGAGCUCCUAGAGAAGGCAACUCAUGUUGCUCCUUGUAGUGCUGAGCUCGCCAGUGCAAACACCACCGAGGAGUUGCUUCAGACCUUUGCUUUGGUAGAACCUUUUGGUGAAGAUACAUUCUGCCUGGUUUCCACCAAAAUCAAACGUAAGAAAAAACAAAGUCAUGGAAGAAGAGGCCAAAGACAAACUUCUGGGGAUACAAUAAAUGAUGACCUACAAGAUUCCAGCUUUGAGGUGAUUUCAAUGGAAAGCAGGUCUUCUUCUGGUUUCUGUGAAAAGUUUGCUGGCCAUGCAGGGUCAGAUCCUGGUCGUCCAGAGCAAUCCAGUUCAGCCCAUGCGGCCGACUCUGCCAGCUGUUUCCUGGAUCUGAACAGCGAAGGGGAACUAGUGACAAGGGCCUUGGCUGACCUUGACUUGAGUGGUAAUUUAGAACUAUUUAAUGGUAGACAGAGCCACCAGGAAACCCAGCACAGUACAACUACGUGUGACACUGCAGAGCUUCUUCAUACUCCAUCUCCUUAUAUCUCAGAAAAUGACCAGGGAGGACAGUCACCCGUUCAAGUUGAAAAUCCCACUGGUGAACGCAUUCCAAAUGGCUGUGAGGAAAAACAGUUGGCUGCAAUACAGCCGCUGUCGGAUAUUCAUGUCACAUCUACCCCCAAGAAGCAAAAGGAUCCCUUCAAGACACAAGAGAUAGUGGAAGGGCAGUUUAAGGGCUGUGCAUACCACAGAGAUGGCGCACAGAUAGAUGUGCAGUGUGAUGUUUGCAGGACCUCUCUCCCUCAUGGAGGUUUUCUGUAUUGUGUGUGGAUGAGUAGACUUGGUCACCAGGGGUCAGUGUUGCUCACAAGAAAAUCACUACAUGAUGAGUCCAAAACUAGUCUAGGGGAGAGAAUAGGUGAAGCUACUCAUAGAGAUGCAUUGCACACUACUAUGGACCUGGAGCAUUCUCGUGCAUGUGAUGGUCAAUUUGAAGAAGAAUAUCAGACUGUUAAAGCUGUUGGUAAAGGAGCCUUUGGGUUUGUUUGGAAAGCAAUAAGGCGCAGUGAUGGACAAGAAGUUGUUGUAAAGUUCAUUAACAAAACAAGGAUAGUGAGCGACAGCUGGGUCGAUGAUCCCAUGCUUGGAAGAGUUAGCCAGGAAAUUGCCAUCCUCACUAGAGUACAGCAUCACAACAUUGUCAAGGUGAUGGAGGUUUUUGAGAAUGAGGGAUAUUUCCAGAUGGUUAUGGAGAAGCAUGGUGAGGGACUGGACCUAUUUGAAUUCAUAGAUCGGCAACCAAGACUGGAUGAACCUCUCGCUAGCUAUAUUUUCAGACAGCUUGUGGCAGCAGUGUUUUACCUAAGAACAAAGAACAUCCUUCAUAGAGACAUAAAGGAUGAGAAUAUCAUUAUUGACAAAUGCUUCCACAUUCGACUCAUUGACUUUGGUUCUGCUGCAAUGAUGGUGCCUGGAAAACUGUUCUAUAAUUUCUGUGGCACGCUUGAGUAUUGCUCCCCAGAGGUGCUUCAGGGAAAUCCCUAUGGAGGCCCGGAGCUAGAAAUGUGGUCAGUUGGGGUUUUGCUUUACACACUUCUCUUUAGUGAGAAUCCUUUUUGUGGCGUGGACGAGAUUCUGAAUGCAAAACUGAAGCUCCCAUUUCCAUUGACUCCCGAGCUGCAGGAGGUGCUGAGUGGUCUGUUGCACCCUGAUCCCACAGAGAGGAUGACCCUAGACCAGCUUCUCCUUCAGUCCUGGAUCAGCCAACCUAUUUCCCUUUCAGAGUAUAGCUGGGCAGAGGUGGUGCCAACCGACCAAAGCUUUUGUUCACCACUACCAUCUGAGUCAGGCCCCAGAGAAUAUCUUGGACAAGGUUUAUUCCCUGAUCAUGGAGAUGAGACUCUUCCUGAUGAUGAUGAUGAUGAAGAUGAGGAAGAUGAAAGGUUUUCUCUGGAAAAUGAGCUCCAGAAGUAUCUGAGAAAUUAUGAAUAGAAAUAAAAAUUGUGGACUAUACAGUAAUUGAAGGAGAGCAGAGGGUUAGAAGAAAAUAAGCUAGUAUUAGUAAAUUUAGAGAUUAUAAUGAAGACUUAGGGAUUUAUUUUUGUUUUAGAUGUUAACUGUACUUGAAGAUCAUGUAAGGGCUGAUUGAGACUUCCAUUUUUAUCUACCAUAUUUAUUCUACAAAAGGAAAUUUAUUUAAGUCACACAUCCUAUAAUGCCAAAACCAAGUGUUAAUUUUGUUGUUUUUUUUUUUAAUGACAGUUUUUUUGCAUGUUCUUUAGUGCCUGUUUUGUGUUGUAUAUAAAUCUCCCCACCAUAUUUAUUUUUUGGAUAAUAAUAAAUAUUUUAUAGAAAUAUAUAUAUAUAUAUAUACCUUUGUGGAUUUUUCUGUGAUUGUUAAUAGACCAUUAGUUGGUAUAAACUAUUUACCAUUAAUCAGAGAAAUUUAGUUCACAUUCCCUGUAAGAAGAUAACAUCCAGUCCUACUGAAACUAAGCAGAAACUUGCUGUGCUCAAUGUCAGAUCUUUAUGUAACAAAUCAUUUCUAAUUCAUGAUUUUAUUUCUUCUUUUAAUCUUGACUUUAUGUUUUUAACUGAAACAUGGCUUGACAAAAACACAGGUCAUGCAGUGCUAGUGGAAUCAACCCCUCCCAACUUCAAAUUUGAAUCUGAAACACGAGCAAAUAAAAAGGGUGGAGUGUGUGCAUUUUUUAGAGAUCAUUUGGUUACACACAGGUUGUCAUUUGGGGUGUUUUCAUCAUUUGAGUAUGUUUCCUUCAAAAUGGAGCUAAAAUAAUCACCGUCCAUACUCUACAUAGUCAUAUACAAACAUCCUCAGCACUGUCAAAGUUUUAUUGAUGAUUUUACUGAGAUGCUUUCAGUUGUUUGCACAGACUUUGAUGGUUUAGUCAUUACAGGUGAUUUUAAUGUACAUGUGGAUAAUGUGUGUGACAAAAAUGCCAAAGAGCUUAGUGUUGUCCUUGAAACUUUUGGUCUGACUCAGCAUGUCAGUGAGCCCACUCACAACAGAGGGCACACUCUGGACCUGCUCAUUACAAAGGGUGUAAAUAUUUCAAAUGUCAGUGUGGUUGAUGUUGCUCUGUUUGAUCAUUUCUGUGUCUUCUUUGACCUGUCUGUUAUUCCCAAACCACCAGCUGCUCCUACAGUUGUUCGAAGAAGACACAUAAAUGAUAACACAGGUGCACUGUUCAUGGAAAUGAUAAAUUUUGAAAUUGCCUCAUGUUCUAAUGUUGAUGUGUUGAACUCUGUGACUUUGAGUGUUUUGAAUGUUCUGGAUGCCAUCGCCCCGAUAAAAGUUAAAAUGGUUAAAGAUAGGCAAAAAGCUCCGUGGAGGAAUGAUGACUCAGUCAGUGCACAGAAAAGGGAGUGCCGGAAGGCUGAGCGGAAAUGUCAAACCUCCAGGUUCAUUAUGAGAUUUACAGAGGAAAAAUGCAUAUGUACAACUACACUUUGAGUAAAACAAGAGAGAAGUAUUUUUCGGACAUUAUUGGUAAUUGCAGUAACAACUCUCGUGUCCUGUUUGCAACAGUGAACAGAUUAACAAACCCUCCAGCUCCACUGCCACUAGAACUAAUUUCCACCUCUAAAUGUAAUGAGUUUGCAGUUUUCUUUAAUGACAAAGUUCAGGGCAUCAAAAAUGCCAUCAAUUCCACAACACAAAUAACCAGCAUGCAGCCACAGAGACACUUAGAGCUGAAUCACUUUGCACCUGUAACUGACAAAACUGUUUUAGAGAUCGUUACCAGUCUGAGUUCAUCUACUUGCUGCCUGGACAUGUUACCCACUAGAUUUCUAAAGUCUGUCCUCAACAGUUUACUUUCACCACUCACUCACAUAGUUAACAUGUCACUUCAAUCUGGAACAUUCCCAAACACGUUGAAAACUGCGGUCAUUAAGCCUCUCCUAAAGAAGAGCAGUCUUGAUGCCACAGUACUGAACAAUUUCCGACCCAUCUCAAAUCUGCCGUUUUUUGGCAAAGUCCUUGAAAAAGCUGUUUACCAACAGCUUACGAACUUUCUCCAAAUGAACAACUCCUUUGAUGUUUUCCAGUCAGGUUUUAGAGCCCACCACAGCACUGAGACUGCUCUUAUCAAGGUGACAAAUGACAUCCGCCUGAACACUGAUGCAGGCAAAGUCUCAGUCUUGAUCCUGUUAGAUCUGAGUGCUGCUUUUGACACUGUCGAUCAUGGGAUCCUCUUACAGAGACUGGAGGACUGGGUGGGCAUCUCUGGUACUGUACUAAACUGGUUCAAGUCCUAUCUAGAAGACAGGAAGUAUUUUGUUGAAAUUGGAAACUGUGUCUCAGAUCACAUGGCCCUGACCUGUGGGGUGCCUCAGGGGUCAAUCCUGGGCCCCCUGUUGUUCAAUCUCUACAUGCUGCCAUUAGGCCAGUUAAUAAGCAGCAAUAAUGUGUCCUACCACAAUUAUGCAGAUGACACUCAGAUCUACGUCUCUCUGGCAGCAGGAGACUAUGGACACUUGGUCACUGCAUCCAACAGAUCAGUGUGUGGAUGCAAAACAACUUUCUCCAGCUAAACUCUGACAAGACUGAAGUCAUAGUCUUUGGUCCACAGAAACAAAGGGACAGUGUCAGCAGUCACCUCCAGUCUCUCUCUCUAAAACCUUCAAAUCAGGCAAGAAAUCUAGGGGUAAUAAUGGACUCAGACUUGAACUUUAACAGCCACAUCAAAUCAAUAACAUCUGCAGCCUUUUACCAUCUAAAAAACAUAGCAAAAAUCAAAGGUUUACUGUCUAAAGUAGACUUGGAGAAACUUAUCCAUGCGUUUGUCUCCAGUAGAUUAGACUACUGUAAUGGUCUGCUCACUGGUCUCUCCAAACGAGCUGUGAGACAGCUGCAGAACAUCCAGAACAUCCAGAAUGCUGCAGCUCGCGUCCUUACUCGAACUAGGAAGUACGAGCACAUAAGUCCUGUGCUCAGGUCUCUGCACUGGCUUCCUGUGCCUCAGAGAAUAGACUUUAAAGCAGCUCUGCUUGUGUACAAGUCUCUCCAUGGCCGAGCACCAAAGUACAUCUGUGACAUGUUAGUGUCAUAUGAACCAUCUCACACUCUGAGGAGCUCAGGGACCGGCCUCCUGCUGGUGCCCAGAGUCAGGACUAAACAAGGGGAGUCAGCGUUUCAGGUUCAUGCAGCUAAAACCUGGAACAGUCUUCCUGAACAUGUGAGACAGGCCUCUUCUGUGACGCUGUUUAAAUCCAGGCUCAAAACAUUUCUGUUUAACUGUGCAUAUAACUGAAAGGUUUUAAUUCCGCACUCUUCUCUCCAAUUUAUGUCUCUCUUUUUUCAAUUUUAAUCUUCAUGAUUAUUUAUGUUUUGAUUUGUUUUUAUUAUGAUUUUAAUGUAUUUCUUAUUCUGUAAAGCACUUUGAAUUACUUUGUGUACGAAUUGUGCUAUACAAAUAAACUUGCCUUGCCUUGCCUUAA